UUUCUCAAUAAUAUCCAAUCUGUGUCUGCCUGUAACGAAACAUGUCUAGUUUCCUUUUGGCUAUUUUCAUUUUAAUGGCGCUUAGAACCUCAGAGUCUUCUGAAACUGCAAACCCACUUGGAAACGAGCCCGAUCCAUUAUAUAUGAAACUGGUGGAUCCCAUGGUAGCAGGAGAAUCACCGAAAAGAAUGAUUAAGGAUCAGAAAGAUAUAGGUCUUAAGCCAACUAGCAGUAGCGAAGAGCUGCGGAAAUUGCCAAAGGCGCGUGGUCGACAGAAGAGAUUCAUUCGGAAUCCAAACUAUGUGAAAGCUAACGAAUUCUUUGAUAAGAUGAUAAGCAGUGAGUACGUAAGUAAGCGGUAUAAGGAUCUUCCGCCGCCUCAUCCGGGAUUUGGAGAGGAACAACCGCCAGCAUGAACAUAUAGCCAGUGGAAUCUGUGAAAUUUUCCUGUUGGCACAUCACAUUAUAGCCCAUAUAAGGGUGUUCAUAAUGACUGGGAAAUUGCCAAAGUAAACAGUAUCAGCUCCACGGAUUCCCAAUGCAAAUAAACACAAAGCACAAUAAAUCGAAUUAGCAGCAAAUUUUAUCCCUCUUCUCUUUUGUAGAAAAAAUUUGAUUGUCACCUGUUUUGUUGUGGCGUUUGUUUAAAAGGUAUCACUUAGUUGGAAGCUGCGAAAAUCCGGGCGGGAGUUCAAUAACAAGGUUAAGCGCAAAGGAAUAGAUCUUUCCGAUUGUCA